AUGGUCGAACAGCACGGAGGUUCAACUAAUCAGUCUACCACAGCCAGUGGAGACUCUCGCAAACCCUAUGUCCGGAUUCUCACGGACAAACGACGUGAGCAGAAUAGACGCGCUCAGAAAGCAUACCGCGAGAGGCUGAAGAAAAAGCUCGACGCCCUGGAUGAACAGACUGGUGUGGUCCAACCAGACGUUCCCCAGCAUGCAGCCUCGACCGAUAUUGAUAGGGAUGGCUUGGGUCUUUCCCAGGCGACGACUCCGCCCACAAUCCCGACCACAAACCCACACAUCAUCGACCUAGCUGAUGCCUUCGUCGCUGCGGGUGAUCUUCCGAUCGGCCAGACCUCAGGUACAGGAUUUCAUUUGCAGUUAGGUGCUGGUGCACAGUCGCUCCAGUCGCCCCAGCCGGAAGUGGUCGAGCACGUCCACGAGGAAUAUGGAGAUAUAGAUCUCCGACAUAUUUGGGCGAUUCCUGAUCAGCGUUCCACUGCUAGUCCAGAAGGAGACCUCACUACGGUGACUUCGACAAGAAUUCGACCGAAUCCCUUGUCCAAAGCCGACAUGACGAUGACAUUAAUGACGCCCCAGCAGAGUCACCACAGCUCUCCUCAACAGAACUUCGCGAUGGACUGCUACCGUCCACCGAAACGCACGAUGGCGGACCCCUACAUCAACCACAUGCGUCUCGUCGGCGAAGGCAAUAUCGAAGCAUGCAUAGAGGUCGGGCUGGCCCUCAAGAUCAGCCGCACUGCCUAUAUGAACGACCACCCGUCACACUUUCCAGGCUGCUACGUCGCGCUGCAAAACCACACUAGUGCGUGUUCAUCGUGGCCUCCCAGCUCUGUCAGAGUCAGCUACCGCUUUUUCAAGACCGCGAUCUCCGUCACCACCGAUCUGUUCGAGCACAUCAAAGCCUUACGGCCGGCUCUCCGCCCGACGCCGACCCAGCUCCUCCACGCUCACCCCAGUUACCUUGACUGUAUUGUCUUCCCGUACUUCCGCGACAACGCCGUCCGCGCGUCUGCCGAGGGAACGCUCGAUCAUGCCGCCCUGUUUAUGGAUAUCAUGCACGGCGGCAUGGUCUGCUGGGGUGGCAUGUCGGGCGUGGCUCAUCGGCAUUCGAAUAGGACGUCGGCGAGGAAAACCAGGCGCGAUAUGCGUGAGAGUGUGGCCUGGAGCACGCGGAGUUGGGAGGCCAAGAGGUGGUUUCUGAGGAAGUGGAGCCAUUUGAUCGGUACCGAGCAGGAGGAGUUGGACAGAGACGAUCAUGAUGGCAUUUGGCGCGCGAGUCGGUGGUGGUGGAAUAUGAGGGGGGAAUACGAUAGUGGGAGUGAUUGUGACGAUGACGAUACUGGCGAUGACGAUGUCGAUGCCGUCUAUGAUGUUGACUAUAAUGGUGGUGGUGUUGGUGGCGAUACUUACAAUGGACAAGGAAACCAUCUUGACGAGGAGGCCUUCGAGACUAUUCCCCAUGUCCAACCACGGUGGCAAGGGCCCGCUGUUGGUCCAUUGACCGGCAGAGUGAAGGAAGUUGAGGGCACAGGACACUGUUUAUGA